AUGGCAAAUAACGAUUCGAAUCAAGAAAUUCUUGAGCAAGACAAAGGUUCGGAAUCACAACAAAAGUCACGACUUAUGAAGGAGCCCCAUUCAGCGCCCAACUCAAUGAACGCAAGCAAUAACAUCUCCGUUCGGAGCAGCGAUUUAUCCACAGCUCAAGGUGUCUCAGAAAUCUCAAAGAUUGAUGAAGAAGCCAGAAUCUACGCGGAGAAGGCUCGCUCAUUAAUGCAGAAUUGUCUAGCACAAGCGGCGUUCAAAGAUCUCGACCAUGCUAUUCACCUGCUGCGUCAAGUUAUCAAGGAUCAACCAUUCCGCGUUAAUGCUUUGGAAACUCUUGCCCACGCAUUGUGCAUUAGAUGUGCAUACAAAAGUCAACCAAUCGACCUACAAGAGUCACUAGAUUUAUAUCUGAAAGUAAAUCACAACCCUCCAGCUGAAGACCCUACGCCCCUUGUUGAUGUUAACCACGAGUAUACUGACACCCUUGUGGAAAUUGCCAUAAAAUCGCUAUCAAAUUUCACUUCGUCAAUCUCUUCUAAUUCUCUGGACAUCAUUUACUCAUAUCUACAAACAUCGCUCGCCGUUCUACGCCCUCGAGAAUUUCCGGAGCAUUUAUGGGCAUUGCAUCACCUUGCUCUGGCUGUUUAUUCGCGGUUUCAACAGUCGAAAUCGAUUGACGACCUGGACAAUGUUAUACUAUGCCUACAAAGAGGCUUCCGAUGUGAAAACGGAAAUCCUGAGCAUCCAAGGAUGCGUCAACUGCUUGGCAUUGUGAUGAUAGAACGAUAUGCUUCCUUGGGCGAUCCGUCAGACCUCGAGAAAGCUUCCAAUCUGCUCAAAAACGAUAGCGAUAUUACCAGUGUCGUUUUUGUAGUAGAUAAUCCGCCUAAAGAAGUCGAGACCUUCCACAAUCUACUCAAGCGCAUCAAAGAUGCUACUUUGCCCGACUAUGACCAAGCUAUUCAUGACCUCCGUCAGACCAUUUUACGAAUGCCGGUGGACCAUGAUGAUUUUCCAAUCAGUCUAAUCAGCCUAGCUGCCCUUCUAAUCUCACAAUCUAAAGGCGGCAGCGUUGGUCAUUAUAUAGAUCAAGCAAUAAUACUGAACAAACGAGCUCUUCCUCUCCUGCCUGCCGAACACAAUAGUCGUUCCAGCGUCAUCCUAAACCUCGUAGUCGCGCUCCAAAUACGUUCGGAACAAAAGCGUCAGAGACACGACCUCGACUAUGCGAUUCUGCUGCUCAAAAAUUCCCUUGCAUGCAUCGGAACAUCACAGCUUGACCAACCACGCUUCUUUCAUAGCUUGGCUGUGUCGCUUGAGAUGCUAUUCGAACACACCGAUGAGUUGGCUUGCCUUGAUGAAGCCAUUGUUGCAUACAGACAGGCUAUUCAAUGCCUCGAUCAGUCUGACGAGAAACGACCGACCUUCGUGAAUGAUCUCGCAACUGCACUUCAGACUCGUUUCCGUCAAGUUGGCGAAAGAGGUGACAUGGAAGAAGUCGUUUUAUUGCGUCAAGAAAGCAUCGAGCUUCUACCUCACUUUCCUUUUGAUCCCGAUCGGCUGGCCCUCCUUGUGCGUCUGGUAGCAGCACUUCAAACACUUUUUCGACAAACAAGAAAAUUAGAAGAUCUUGACAAAGUUAUAUCUAAUUUGAGGUCAAUAAUUGAUUACCUGCCCGCCUUUCACGAAAUGCGGGGUGAAGUCACUUUUCAUCUCGCCGAUAGUCUGGCUUCCCGAUAUCAGAUGACACAACAACAAGAGGACCUCGAGGAAGAAAUUCUGAAUCAUAGAAAGUUUCUUCGACUUAGUGGAGCAGACGAUCCUAAUAUACCCAAGUGUUUGAAUAAUCUUGGAUGUGCACUCUCUAGCCGCUUUCAUCUAUCGAACCAAAAGAAAGACCUUGAUGAGGCCAUUUAUUCUCAUAGAAAAGCCCUGAAGCAUUGCCCCCCCUUGCAUCCUGAUCGACUCUCCUCGCUUAUUAAUCUUGCUAACUCGCUUGAACGGCGAUUUCAACAUUCAGGCCAGCGUGCAGACCUCGACGAAGCGAUAUCACUGAAUAGGAUAGCAGAAAGUGUUGAAAAUGCUCCUCAAUCCACAAGAGCGACGGUUUUGAACAACCUUGCAAAUGCAUUGGAGACUCUGUUCGCACAAACAGGCCACAUGGAAGAUUUGAAUCAAUCAAUCAUGCUUCACAGAAAGGCACUUGAAUUACGACCCAAGUCAGAUCCCGACCAUGCAUCCUCUCUUAAUAACCUAGGGCACGUCCUACACACGCGAUUCAAGCAUAAUGGCCAGAUCACUGAUCUCGACGCCGCUAUUCAAAUCCAAAAAGAUUCACUUGAAUUGCACCCUCCAACGCAUCCAAACCGACCCUAUUCACUGGAUAACCUUGCGACCGCAUUAACGGAACGUUUCCAGAACACGGGCAUUUCAACUGAUCUUGAGGAGGCAGUAUUGCUCCAUCGAGAAGCCCUCAAACUUCGAACCACUUCUCAAUUUGACAGGUCGCUAUCCCUGAACAAUCUUGCCUACACCCUUCAAGCACGUUUCGAGGUGACAUCGGAACAAGAGAAUCUCGAGGAGGCUAUUGCGUUACACAAAGCUGCCCUGGAACUUCGCAGCGGCAACCAUCCUAGCCGCCAUAUGUCACUGAACAAUCUCGCAAAUGCUCUCAUGACGCUAUUUGACCAAGUUGGUCGGUUAGAUGACCUUAAUGAAGCAAUUGAACUGCAUAAACAGGCCCUUGAGCGUAGGGCAGCGCCACAUCCCGAUAGAGCUUCUUCCCUCAUGAAUCUUGCUGGAGCGCUUGGUACACAUUUUACACAAACGGGCCAACGUCGCAGUCUCGAUGAAGCAAUAAUAUGUUACAGGGAAGCUCUGCUAAUUUUCCCUAAAUCACACCCUUUACGACCCAUGUGUCUGAACAACCUGGCCAAUAGACUCAUCAGCUCUCGAAGUAGCGAAAUUUUUGGUCAGCAAGAUAACAUUGUCGAAGAAGUUAUUUCACUAGUCGCCGAAGCUCUUAAAUUGCGGUCUCCACCUCAUCCGGACUGGUCUUUAUCUGUCUUCCAUCUCUCAGGUCUGCUUGAAGCUCAAGGUGAAAAUCUACCCACAGUAGAUCAAUAUAACCUCCUUAACAAAUCGGUCAUUCUUUGCAAAAGCGCAAUCGACUUACUUCCUGACCAGCACGUACAUCGACAAGCCUAUGUCGGAAGGCUGGCAGGUUUACUGAAUGCUCGAUUCAAGAUUUCAAGGCAAAUAGAAGACAUCGAUAAAGCCAUUUUGUUACAACGGCAGGAACUCCUUUCACAGGGACCAUCUCAUCCUGACCGAGUCAUUUUCCUUACAAACCUCGCUGGCGCACUUCAAGCCAGAUUUUACUAUGGGGCAGACCAUAAUGCAAGUGACUUUCAAGAAAGUGUGGCUUUGAAUAGACAAGCCCUCGAUAUUUAUCCUUUCCAACAUCCUGGUCGCUUCACGUGCUGGGCAAAUCUAGGAAAGGUUUUUCAUCAAGCUUAUACAAUAUUGGGGAAUCCUCUUCACCUGGAAGAAUCUCUGAGUUCGUUCGCUUUAGCUAUGGAGUGUCCAUCUAGAAGACCAACUUCCUCAUUUGACACGGCAACCUUGUGGUCUGAGAUUGCUGAUAAAUCUCACCAUGAUUCUGCCUUGAUGGCAUACAGCAUGGCCCUGAGGUGUUUGACGGAAAUGGCUUCUUUUAGUUUGGACGUUUUCAAACGACAAAAUAUUCUCCGUUCGGUCAGCGAUGGACUGGCAAGAAAAGCUGCGCAAUCAGCAAUCUCCCGUGCACAUCUGGAUCAAGCAGUCAUGCUUUUAGAGGAAGGACGUGGUGUUUUUUGGUCGCAAAUACUCCGACUUCGUUCACCUUUGGACAAGCUUCAAAUCAAGGCUCCAGAGCUUGCGGAUAAGCUAAAGACUGUUGCUUCCGAGUUGGAGCGUGGGUCAUAUCGGAGCAAUGUAAACAUCCCCGAUUUUGAAUCGAAGAUAUCGCUAGAAAGGGAAGCAUCCCGUUUCAGACGGUUGGAUGAAGACUGGCGCAAUUGCGUGGAGCAAGCACGAAACUUGGAAGGUUUUGAAGAUUUUCUGAAAACUCCUGGAUUAGCGUCCCUGAAGGCCGCAGCGUUGAAUACCCCUAUUGUAUUUCUUCUCCCAAAUGAACAACACAGUGAUUGCCUAAUUUUGACAUCUUCUGGGAUCCACCAUUUGUCGCUAAAGGACGUAUCCUUGAAAAUUUUGCGCAACCUUGUUGACCUGGUUGACUACAAUGCCAUGCGGACUACAGCUUCACGUAGUCUAUCGAAUCAAACAGGCGUUGAAACAAGCGUUGAAGAGGUUUUGAAUACUGUAGCAGAAGAGCUUGACAUUACACGAGAUAGAUCGGCGGGGGCAUUCAGUCGGAGACCGCGGCGGACCAGACCCUCCCCGAAUGCAAUCUUUGCAUAUGUUUUAAAGAUUUUGUGGUUUGAUGUUGUCAAACCUGUCAUUGACUUUCUCGGAUUUCAGAAAUCCGAUGUCGAUGAUCUGCCAAUCUUGCAAUGGUGUCCGACUGGGAUAUUUACUUUUCUGCCUCUUCAUGCAGCUGGUUGCUACAACAUCGACGGUACAUCAAAUGAAUGUGCUUCGGAUUUUAUCAUUUCUUCCUAUACACCUACCGCUACACUAUUGUUACCACAGGAAGAACCCCCUUUGUCAAACCAGCCGUUUAAGAUGUUGGCCGUUAUCGAUGACGGUCUUCCUUUUGCCCGAGAGGAGUUGGCUAAAAUCAGAUCCCAGACAUCAUCUGAUCCGGAAUCCAUGGUUGAGUUGGGUGUUGCGAAUAAACCAGCUACCAUCGAAACAAUUUGUUCAAUUCUUCAGACAGCCUCAAUAGCCCACUUUGCUUGCCAUGGUAUACAAGACCAAUCUAGUCCUCUAGAUAGUGCUUUGCUGGUCGGCGAUGGAAGGCUAUCUCUCUCUAAAGUCAUGCAAUUCCAACCCCAAAACGUUUCAAUCGCCUUUUUAUGUGCCUGUGAGACGGGUAUGGGCGACUCGAUAAUACCUGACGAAGCAAUGAGCCUUGGUGCCUCAUUGCUUUUCUCUGGAUACCGAAGUGUUGUUGCAACGAUGUGUAUAAUGAACCUUAAAGGGCAUGCACUCUUCAGGAAAAUGACAGAUGAAGAUGGGCCUGUAAUCUCAGAAGCCUUUUACGAAUACCUUUUUAGAGGUGCAGAUGGAGCGAGAGCUUCUCGUCCUAAUAUACGGAAGUCUGCUAGGGCUCUUCAUACCGCUGCACUCAAGUUGCGUCUGAGUGGAGUCGAAUUCCGUCGUUGGGUACCCUUUAUUCAUCUAGGCAAAGGUGACUAG